UCUCUCUGUGUGUCUUUCCCACCAUCUGUCGCGCCUCCAACGACUCUCGCAGCACACAAUCCAAAAAAAGAUCAAAGGAAACGGCAGGCAAAAGGCAAAGCCACGCUCUCAUUUCUCCGUACUCCGUAGUCCGUCCGUAGUAGCGACUACUUACUCCAGCGAGCAACCGCGCCGGUUUCUCUAGCUGUUUCCUUCCGCUCCUCCACCGCCGCCGGCCCGGGAAGGGAGGGAAGAUGGCGGCGGAGGCGGCGACGCUGGAGUUCACGCCGACGUGGAUCGUGGCGGCGGUGUGCUCGCUCAUGGUGCUCAUCUCCCUCGUCGCCGAGCGCUGCCUCCAUUACCUCGGCAAGAUGCUCAAGAGGAAGAAUCAGAAGCCGCUCUACGAGGCGCUCCUCAAGGUCAAGGAAGAGUUGAUGCUUCUUGGGUUCAUCUCGCUGCUGCUGACGGUGUUCCAGGGCCUGAUCCAGAGGACCUGCAUUCCUCCUCGCUGGACAGUCCACAUGCUGCCAUGCCAGAGGGAAGCGGUGGGCCCCGCAAAGGAGCACGUUGCUGCUGCUCAGAUCGUUGGCAGAAUUGGGAGGCGAUUGCUCAGUGAAGGUGGGGCGGGGGCAGAGCUUUGCCAGAAGAAGGGGAAAGUUCCAUUGCUGUCCCUUGAAGCCAUACAUCAAUUGCAUAUUUUCAUAUUUGUUCUGGCUAUCACACAUGUUAUUUUCAGUGUUUCAACUAUGCUUCUAGGGGGUGCUAAGAUACACCAAUGGAAACAAUGGGAGGUUGAAAUUCAGAAAGAUGCUGUGGGAAGUGGUCAACCAGGGCCUGCCAAGGUGACCCACGUGCAUCAAUUUGAAUUUAUCAAUGAUCAUUUUAAGGGCAUGGGCAAAGACUCUAAAAUAUUGAGUUGGCUGCAUUCUUUUGUUAAGCAGUUUUAUGGAUCAGUUUCUAAAUCGGAUUAUACAACAAUGCGUCUUGGCUUUAUCAUGACUCAUUGUCGUGGAAACCCAAAAUUUGAUUUCCAUAAAUACAUGAUGAGGGUCUUAGAGUCUGACUUUAAGAAAGUGGUUGGCAUAAGCUGGUACUUGUGGGUUUUUGUUGUGAUCUUCCUCUUGCUGAAUGUCAACGGUUGGCACACGUACUUUUGGAUUGCUUUUCUUCCCCUAAUUCUUCUACUAGCUGUUGGCACUAAGCUGGAGCACGUCAUAGCUCAGUUAGCCCAUGAUGUGGCUGAGAAGAACUCUGCAAUUGAGGGUGAUUUGGUCGUAAAACCAUCAGAUGACCACUUCUGGCUUGGGCGGCCAAGGAUUAUCCUCUACCUGAUCCACUUCAUUCUCUUCCAGAACGCGUUUGAGAUCGCGUUCUUCUUCUGGAUACUCACCACAUACGGGUUCAGUUCCUGCAUAAUGGGGCAAGUUAGUUUCAUCGUGCCGAGGCUUGUUAUCGGGGUCACCAUCCAGCUUCUCUGCAGCUACAGCACCAUGCCUCUGUAUGCAGUUGUCACUCAGAUGGGGAGCUUCUACAAGAAGGAGAUCUUCAACGAUCACGUGCAGCAGGGCGUGCUGGGCUGGGCACAGAAGGUCAAGAUGAGGAAAGGACUCAAGGAGGGAAGCGCUGGCGCCGGCGUCGCCGCCGAGCCGUCGAACGGCGGCGGCGGCGACACGGCGGGGCCUUCUGUCAAGAUCGAAAUGAUGAGAAGGGCAGCGCGGGAAGGCAAUGAUGAAGCUGGUGUAAGCAUAGAGUGAUGGGGGCAUGCAGCGUUGGUUAAGGUAUAUAGGUAGUGGAAUUGCUGUGUUGUGGAGCGUUUUGCACAAGAUGUUGUACUUCCUCCCUCUUAAAAAGAAUCAACCUAGGAUAGAACGUGACUUAUUCCUAAGACAACGAAUCUGGACAAUGUGACCCAUCCAGAUUCGUCAUUUCAGGAUAGGUCACAUUCUAUCCAAGAUUAAUUCUUUCUUGGACGGAGAGAGUAUGCUGUUUUGAUUUUGUGAACCUGGAAGGCUGGAAUGUUGCUGCGUGUGUUCAUGUGCUAUCGUUUUUAUAGGUAGCCUUUACAGCGUGGUGUUUCAUAUGGUAGCCUUGUGUUUCUUUUCUUUCUUUUCUUUUUUUUGGAAAAAGGCCUUAUGUUUCAUAUGGUACUAAGGUGAUAAUGUGGUGGUUGUGCCCAAAAGCACAAGUAACCUGAAUACUCAAGGUAAGACUCACUUAUUAGGAGAAGGUCA